AUGAAACUCUAUUCAAUAGGUCUGACCUUCUUGGCGGUCACACUGGGCAUUGCAGCUGCCUUCGUGUCACCCCUCGAAAGCAGCCCUCCUAGUAUUACUAGUGACAUUCUCAACUCGGCAACAAGCACGAGUCUCGUGAGCCCCCUGAUUACCGGCCGCUCUGUUAUUGAUCAACCUUUCUUACAGAAAAGAGACACUGCUGUGCCACUUGAUGUAGAACGUCCAACUGCUUGUAAUCCAACCAACUUGGGUUUGCAAUUCAAUGGUUUCAUUGCCAACUUCUACCCUUAUAAGUUUAACGAUACUGUUACCUACGCCCAACAGGCUUAUUUAGCUGGUGGCUAUAAGGCCAAUCCUAUGAUCGGAUCCAAAACUGUCUCCGGUUUGAUGGCUCUUCCACCUAAUCCAAAUUUCAAUGUUGGUACUAACACCGGCAAGGUUAUUAACAGUUAUAUCUACUCUUAUCCGUUGACCACCUCCAAUUUCACUCUUGAAAUUAUCUCUUGGUUUUACACCAAGUAUGGUAAUGGUGCUUAUGUUUUCCAAUUGUUGAACACUGAUGAUUCUGCCGCUAUUUUCAUUGGUGACGGGGUUGCUUCUGACUGUUGUUCGUACAGCGCCAGUGCCAAUCCUGGUAGUUACUCUAUCUUUAUUGCAAAGUCAUACGCUCAGUCUACUCCUGCGGCUCAAUUCACUGCUUACUUGGUUGCAAACACCUACUACCCCAUUAGAAUUGUUUACACCAAUAUCUUGAACAUUGCUGCCUUGACAAUUCAAGUUCUGUCUCCAGGAGGGAAUGGAUUUGGUGAUAUUUCAUCGCAACUUUACGUUCCUGGAAGUCAGGCCAACUACUGUCCCGACAAAUCUAUUACCACCGUCACCACCUCCUAUGCUUGUACUACUGCCUCGUGUACCACUUCAUAUUCCACAAACACUGGUGGAUCCACUACUCUGAUCUACCAGGCACUUCCAGUAGUAUACUCCACCACUAGUAUUGGGUACAACGGUGCUAGUACCAGUAUCACCACUGUGGGUACUGGCUACAUCCCCACCAAGACCGUGCAAGUCUACUACCCAACAGUAGACCCAGCACCCCCCAACGCACAUUAUCCAAAGGGUUGUUCUCCAACCAAUAUCCCAUCAACUAUUUUAGGAGGACAAAAUAGUGGUUUCCUUGCCAAAUUCUAUCGUUACCCCAUGAAUAACACAGACUACUACGACAAGUACGACUUUUUGUCCGGUGGAUACAAAUCGAUGGGUUAUCUUGGAUCAACAACCGUGAAUGGGGAAAUGCUGUUCAGUCUUGGUGAUAAUUCGUCACAACGAAAGAGUGGAUUUGUUUUUGGCUUUUAUACCGAUGUUUCCAAUUUCACAGUGGAAAUGACCACUUGGUUUUAUCCAAAGUACGGUGCUGGUGCAUAUGAUUUCCAGUUAUUAAGCGUCGAUGAUUCUGCCGCCUUGUGGAUUGGUGACGGGAUUGCCAUGGAUUGUUGCUCUUCCUCCACCAACAAGAACCCAGGUAACUACGGUAUUUUUGUUUCCAAGUCCUAUGCUCAAGAAUCGCCAGAUAUCCAAUUUACCGCCUAUUUGCUUGACGGUGUUUACUAUCCUUUGAAGGUUGUUUACACUAAUAUCAUCAACAUGGCUGUCCUUACUGUUCAAGUUCGGUCACCAUACCAUUCUGGUUUUGGUAACAUGAACUCUCAGAUGUUCCAACCGGGCGGUGACGUCGAUUAUUGUCCAAGCAAUGGCCUUACUACGGUAACUACGUCCUACACCUGUGCUUCUACUCUUCCUAGUUCUCAAUGUACUCCAUAUUGGACUACCUCUUCUAGUUGUACUAAGCCAUUGCUCACUUCAACAACUUGUUACGCCAAAGCGGUGACUCAGUUUAUCCCCGUGGCUCGUACAACUGUGACAGUGGAAGGAACUGGAACAGCAACUAGUACCACCACUAUUGAUGGUCCGUAUCUUGGUGCUACCACGACUAUUGAAGUCUUUGUUCCUCCACACGUGACCACACAGUAUCUUCCUGGAUCUGCUGCUAGUACUACUACCAAGGCGGCUAAUACUGUUGGUGGUACUUCUACCGUUCAAAUUUAUGUUCCUCCACAUGUUGUUACUGUGACAUCCACAUACACUGGCCAAACCACCAGUUACUCGACUGCCAAUGGUGCUACUCUUGGUGCCACCAGUACUGUGUUCGUGUUUAUUCCUCCACAACAAACCACAAUCACAACCCCUUGGGAUGGUUUCUAUGUCAGUACCAAGACUGUACCUCCUUCCGUUAGUGGCGGUACGACCACAAUCGAAGUAUUGACUCCAACUUUCAAUCCUACUGCAUCCCCUCCUGCUACUUUCACGCCUGGUGGUGCUUGUAACCCCCAAAGUACUGGUACUGUUGGUUUCCAAGCUGUAUUCUACGACUACACUUAUAAUGAUGAUACUUCUUCUAGAAGUAAGACUUGGUUAGCUAGUGAGUACAAACAACGUAAUGUUAUCACCACCCUCCAAGGAAUAACAGAUAUCAACUGGGCCGAUAACAGUCCUUCGAAUCCAAACGGUAUUAUCACCGUUUAUGGACAAAAAAUUCUUCAAGCUUUUACUUUGGAACUUACUGGUUACUUUAAGGCUACCGAAACUGGGUUGCACACCCUUAAUUUAGUUGUUGACGAUGGUGCUGCGGUCACCUUCGGAGAUGGUCAAGCUUUCAGUUGUUGUAGCAGUGAUGUCAUUGUUAGUGGGUCUGGAUUCUCCUUGUACGCACAUUGGCCAACCACAGCAGGAACCCCUGGUGUUUCAACUGCUUCAUACGCGCUUACUGCUGGCUAUUACUACCCUAUUAAGAUUGUAAUUGUUAAUAUGGGUGGUCCAUCCCAAUUAGGAUUUACCGUCAAGACACCAAGUGGGGCUGUGAUUAGCAAUUUCAAGAACGUUUACACAGUUCCUGACUUGCCAAAUAAUCAACAAUGUCCGGCUGCUGUCAAGACUAUCACCACUUCAUGGACUGGAUCUAGCACUACAACUACUACAAUCAAAGGUACUGGUCUGACCCCAACCGAUACCAUUGAGGUGUUGACUCCAGUAAAGCUCAUCACCACCACCACUUCCUGGACUGGUUUCUCAACCUUGACCAGUACCAUUACUCCAACAAACUCAGAUGGAACUACUACGGUAGAGAUCUAUACACCUCCACAUGUGACUACAAUCACUACAAAGUAUUCUGGUACAGCUGAGACAACCACCACAAUCGUACCAAGUGUUUCAGGAGGUACAACUACCAUUGAGGUUCUUGUUCCUUCUGCCACAGCAAGCGGAUGUGCACCUCAAAUGCCACUCGUUCCUGGUAUGAAUGCACUUUUCUGGACUUAUGUCUAUGGUGAUCAAACUUCCUCCUCAAGUAUUGGUUAUAUGACGGGUCAAUACAAGGAAUACCUGACCAAUAUCGGGAAAGCAGAUGGAAUCUCAACUAUUAACUUCAAUAUUACUCAAGCUGCUAAUCAAGCUUCUACAAUGACUGUCUAUGGACAAACUGUAUCUCAAAAUUUUAUGGUUGUUCUUAAUGGUUACUUUGUUCCCCCAGAAACAGGUGACUAUCAGUUUGAUCUUACUGUUGAUGAUGGUUGUGUAGUCCAAUUUGGUGCCAUGCAAGCCUUCCCUUGUUGUCAAUCGUCAAAAUCUGGAUCUAAUACGGAAGUCAGUAUGAUCGCUCAUUGGAAUAUGCAGACUUUGACAUACGGUGCAAACUCGGUUAUUUUCUCUCUUAAGAGCGGUGUUGCUUAUCCACUUAGAAUUGCAUACUCUAACAUGCUUGGUCCUGCUGUUUUAAACUUCCAAAUUAAGAACUCUCAAAUUCCUGGUUUUGAUUACACCCAACAUCUUUUCAACUUUGCAGACUCCACCAACACAUGUCCGGCUUUCCAAACAACGGUCACAACACCAUGGUCGCAAACAUUCACCUCUACCAGUACUAUUACCCCAUCCAAUUCGGACGGCACUACUACUAUUGAGAUCUUCACCCCACCACAUCAAACCACUCAAACAACUUCAUGGACCGGAACUUACACCUCUACCAGUACUAUUACACCAUCCAAUUCGGACGGUACUACUACCAUUGAGAUCUACACCCCACCACAUGAAACUACUCAAACAACUUCAUGGACCGGAACUUACACCUCUACCAGUACUAUUACCCCAUCGAACUCGGACGGUACCACUACUAUAGAGAUCUACACGCCACCACAUUUAACUACUGUUUCUACUUCAUGGACUGGUGACCACACGUUGACUAGUACAGUUUACCCAUCCAACUCCGACGGUACUACUACUAUUGAGAUCUACACUCCACCACAUGAAACUACUCAAACAAAUUCAUGGACCGGAACUUACACCUCUACCAGUACUAUUACCCAUCCAACUCUGAUGGAACCACUACUAUUGAGAUCUACACUCCACCACACGAAACCACUCAAACAACUUCAUGGACCGGAACUUACACCUCUACCAGUACUAUUACCCCAUCGAACUCGGACGGUACCACAACCAUUGAGAUCUACACCCCACCACAUUUAACCACUGUUUCCACUUCAUGGACUGGUGACCACACGUUGACUAGUACAAUUUACCCAUCCAACUCCGAAGGUACGACAACUAUUGAGAUCUACACCCCACCACAUGAAACCACUCAAACAACUUCAUGGACCGGAACUUACACCUCUACCAGUACUAUUACCCCAUCGAACUCGGACGGUACCACAACCAUUGAGAUCUACACCCCACCACAUUUAACCACUGUUUCCACUUCAUGGACUGGUGACCACACGUUGACUAGUACAGUUUACCCAUCCAACUCUGAUGGAACCACUACUAUUGAGAUCUACACUCCACCACAUGAAACUACUCAAACAACUUCAUGGACCGGAACGUACACCUCUACCAGUACUAUUACCCCAUCGAACUCGGACGGCACCACUACUAUUGAGAUCUACACUCCACCACAUUUAACUACUGUUUCUACUUCAUGGACUGGUGACCACACGUUGACUAGUACAGUUUACCCAUCCAACUCGGACGGUACUACUACUAUUGAGAUCUACACUCCACCACAUGAAACCACUGUUUCAACUUCAUGGACCGGAACUUACACCUCUACCAGUACUAUUACCCCAUCGAACUCGGACGGUACCACUACUAUUGAGAUCUACACUCCACCACAUGAAACCACUGUUUCAACUUCAUGGACCGGAACAUACACCUCUACCAGUACUAUUACACCAUCAAACUCCGAUGGAACCACUACUAUUGAGAUUUACACUCCACCACAUGUUACUACUGUUACUAAGACUUGGACUGGAACAUUUACUUCUACAAAAACUGAUGUUCCCGCUGAAUCCGGUGGAACCACAACUAUUGAGAUUUUGAACCCUCCUCUUGUCACCACUGUUCAUACUACUUGGACAAACACAUACUUGUCCACCACUACUAUUGAACCUAGUAUAUCAGGAGGAACCACAACGAUUGAGAUUUUUGAUCCACCACAUCUUACUUACCAUACAACACCAUGGACUGGAACGUACACGUCAUACAGUACUAUUACCCCAUCCAAUUCGGACGGCACAACCACUAUAGAGGUUUACACACCACCAAAGAUUACAACCGAAACGACUUCAUGGACCGGAACUUACACCUCUACCAGUACUAUUACACCAUCCAAUUCGGAUGGUACUACUACUAUUGAGAUCUACACCCCACCACAUGAAACUACUCAAACAACUUCGUGGACCGGAACUUACACCUCUACCAGUACUAUUACCCCAUCCAAUUCGGACGGUACCACUACCAUUGAGAUCUACACCCCACCACAUGAAACUACUCAAACAACUUCGUGGACCGGAACUUACACCUCUACCAGUACUAUUACCCCAUCCAAUUCGGACGGUACCACUACCAUUGAGAUCUACACUCCACCACAUGAAACCACUGUUUCUACUUCAUGGACCGGAACCUUCACAUCUACUAGUAUCAUCACCCCAUCCAACUCGGACGGUACUACUACUGUUGAGAUCUACACCCCACCACAUGAAACCACUCAAACAACUUCAUGGACCGGAACUUACACCUCUACCAGUACUAUUACCCCAUCCAAUUCGGACGGUACUACUACUAUUGAGAUCUACACUCCACCACAUGAAACCACUGUUUCUACUUCAUGGACCGGAACCUUCACAUCUACUAGUAUCAUCACCCCAUCCAACUCGGACGGUACUACUACGGUUGAGAUCUACACCCCACCACAUGAAACUACUCAAACAACUUCAUGGACCGGAACUUACACCUCUACCAGUACUAUUACCCCAUCGAACUCGGACGGUACUACAACCAUUGAGAUCUACACCCCACCACAUGAAACCACUGUGUCUACUUCAUGGACCGGAACCUUCACAUCUACUAGUAUUAUCACCCCAUCCAACUCGGACGGUACUACUACGGUUGAGAUCUACACUCCACCACAUGAAACCACUCAAACAACUUCAUGGACCGGAACUUACACCUCUACCAGUACUAUCACCCCAUCGAACUCGGACGGUACCACUACUAUUGAGAUCUACACUCCACCACAUUUAACGACUGUUUCCACUUCAUGGACUGGUGACCACACGUUGACUAGUACAGUUUACCCAUCCAACUCCGACGGUACUACUACUAUUGAGAUCUACACUCCACCACAUGAAACCACUCAAACAACUUCAUGGACCGGAACUUACACCUCUACCAGUACUAUUACCCCAUCCAAUUCGGACGGCACUACUACUAUUGAGAUCUACACUCCACCACACGAAACCACUCAAACAACUUCAUGGACCGGAACUUACACCUCUACCAGUACUAUUACCCCAUCCAAUUCGGACGGUACCACUACCAUUGAGAUCUACACUCCACCACAUGAAACCACUGUUUCUACUUCAUGGACCGGAACCUUCACAUCUACUAGUAUCAUCACCCCAUCCAACUCGGACGGUACUACUACUGUUGAGAUCUACACCCCACCACAUGAAACCACUCAAACAACUUCAUGGACCGGAACAUACACCUCUACCAGUACUAUUACCCCAUCGAACUCGGACGGUACCACUACUAUUGAGAUCUACACCCCACCACAUGAAACCACUGUUUCUACUUCAUGGACCGGAACCUUCACAUCUACUAGUAUUAUCACCCCAUCGAACUCGGACGGUACUACUACUGUUGAGAUCUACACCCCACCACAUGAAACCACUCAAACAACUUCAUGGACCGGAACUUACACCUCUACCAGUACUAUUACCCCAUCCAAUUCCGACGGUACUACAACCAUUGAGAUCUACACCCCACCACAUUUAACCACUGUUUCCACUUCAUGGACUGGUGACCACACGUUGACUAGUACAGUUUACCCAUCCAACUCUGAUGGAACCACUACUAUUGAGAUCUACACUCCACCACACGAAACCACUCAAACAACUUCAUGGACCGGAACUUACACCUCUACCAGUACUAUUACCCCAUCCAACUCGGACGGUACUACUACUAUUGAGAUCUACACUCCACCACAUGAAACCACUCAAACAACCUCAUGGACCGGAACUUACACCUCUACUAGUACUAUUACCCCAUCGAACUCCGAUGGAACCACUACUAUAGAAAUAUUUACACCGGUAAGCUCUUUAUCAUCUGUUGCCUCCACAUCUGAUGAACCAUCUUCCGUUGGUUCCUCAUCUGCUGAAUCAUCAUCUGUUGCUUCCUCAUCUGUGGAAUCAUCAUCUGUUGAACCAUCUUCCGUUGGCUCCUCAUCUGUUGAAUCAUCAUCUGUUGCUUCCUCAUCUGUUGAACCAUCUUCUGUCGCUUCAUCAUCUGCUGAACCAUCUUCCGUUCCUUCCUCAUCUGUUGAACCAUCAUCUGUUGUUUCUUCAUCUGCUGAGCCAUCAUCAGUUGUUUCUUCAUCUGCUGAGCCAUCAUCAGUUGUUUCUUCAUCUGCUGAGCCAUCAUCAGUUGAACCAACUUUCAGCUCAACCGUUGUUCCUUCGUCUUUGGAAUCUAGUAGUGGAUACUCUACCUUCUCAUGGUCGAACUCCACAUCUUCGUCCGUUCCAUCAUCCGAAUGGUCUAGUGCAUCAGCUUCUUCGGCUUCUUUGACAUCAUCAUCAGUUGCUUCCUCAUCAGUUGCCUCAUCAUAUGUUGAAUCAUCAUCCGUUGCUUCCUCAUCUGUUGAAUCAUCUUCUGUUGCUACAUCAUCCGUUGAAUUAUCUUCCGUUGGUUCCUCAUCUGUUGAAUCAUCUUCUGUUGCUACAUCAUCCGUUGAAUCAUCUUCCGUUGCCUCCUCAUCUGUUGAACCAUCUUCCGUUGCUUCAUCAUCUGCUGAACCAUCUUCCGUUGCUUCCUCAUCUGUUGAGUCAUCUUCUGUUGCUUCCUCAUCUGUUGAAUCAUCAUCUGUUGAACCCUCUUCCGUUGCCUCCUCAUUUGUUGAAUCAUCAUCUGUUGCUUCCUCAUCUGUUGAAUCAUCAUCUGUUGAAUCAUCAUCUGUUGAAUCAUCAUCUGUUGCUUCCUCAUCUGUUGAAUCAUCAUCUGUUGCUUCCUCAUCUGUUGAAUCAUCAUCUGUUGCUUCCUCAUCUGUUGAAUCAUCAUCUGUUGCUUCCUCAUCUGUUGAAUCAUCAUCUGUUGCUUCCUCAUCUGUUGAAUCAUCAUCUGUUGCUUCCUCAUCUGUUGAACCAUCUUCUGUCGCUUCAUCAUCUGCUGAACCAUCUUCCGUUCCUUCCUCAUCUGCUGAGCCAUCAUCAGUUGUUUCUUCAUCUGCUGAGCCAUCAUCAGUUGUUUCUUCAUCUGCUGAGCCAUCAUCAGUUGUUUCUUCAUCUGCUGAGCCAUCAUCAGUUGAACCAACUUUCAGCUCAACCGUUGUUCCUUCGUCUUUGGAAUCUAGUAGUGGAUACUCUACCUUCUCAUGGUCGAACUCCACAUCUUCGUCCGUUCCAUCAUCCGAAUGGUCUAGUGCAUCAGCUUCUUCGGCUUCUUUGACAUCAUCAUCAGUUGCUUCCUCAUCAGUUGCCUCAUCAUAUGUUGAAUCAUCAUCCGUUGCUUCCUCAUCUGUUGAAUCAUCUUCUGUUGCUACAUCAUCCGUUGAAUUAUCUUCCGUUGGUUCCUCAUCUGUUGAAUCAUCUUCUGUUGCUACAUCAUCCGUUGAAUCAUCUUCCGUUGCCUCCUCAUCUGUUGAACCAUCUUCCGUUGCUUCAUCAUCUGCUGAACCAUCUUCCGUUGCUUCCUCAUCUGUUGAGUCAUCUUCUGUUGCUUCCUCAUCUGUUGAAUCAUCAUCUGUUGAACCAUCUUCCGUUGCCUCCUCAUUUGUUGAAUCAUCAUCUGUUGCUUCCUCAUCUGUUGAAUCAUCAUCUGUUGAAUCAUCAUCUGUUGAAUCAUCAUCUGUUGCUUCCUCAUCUGUUGAAUCAUCAUCUGUUGCUUCCUCAUCUGUUGAAUCAUCAUCUGUUGCUUCCUCAUCUGUUGAAUCAUCAUCUGUUGCUUCCUCAUCUGUUGAACCAUCUUCUGUCGCUUCAUCAUCUGCUGAACCAUCUUCCGUUCCUUCCUCAUCUGUUGAACCAUCAUCUGUUGUUUCUUCAUCUGCUGAGCCAUCAUCAGUUGUUUCUUCAUCUGCUGAGCCAUCAUCAGUUGAACCAACUUUCAGCUCAACCGUUGUUCCUUCGUCUUUGGAAUCUAGUAGUGGAUACUCUACCUUCUCAUGGUCGAACUCCACAUCUUCGUCCGUUCCAUCAUCCGAAUGGUCUAGUGCAUCAGCUUCUUCGGCUUCUUUGACAUCAUCUUCGGUUGCCUCAUCAUCUGUUGAACCAUCAUCUGUUGCUUCCUCAUCUGUUGAAUCAUCAUCUGUUGCUUCCUCAUCUGUUGAACCAUCUUCCGUUGCUUCCUCAUCUGCUGAAUCAUCAUCUGUUGCUUCCUCAUCUGUUGAAUCAUCAUCUGUUGCUUCCUCAUCUGUUGAAUCAUCAUCUGUUGAAUCAUCAUCCGUUGCUUCCUCAUCUGUUGAACCAUCUUCUGUCGCUUCAUCAUCUGCUGAACCAUCUUCCGUUCCUUCCUCAUCUGUUGAAUCAUCAUCUGUUGCUUCCUCAUCUGUUGAAUCAUCAUCUGUUGAAUCAUCAUCCGUUGCUUCCUCAUCUGUUGAAUCAUCAUCUGUUGCUUCCUCAUCUGUUGAAUCAUCUUCCGUGGCUUCCUCAUCUGUUGAACCAUCUUCCGUUGGUUCCUCAUCUGUUGAACCAUCUUCCGUUGCCUCCUCAUCUGUUGAAUCAUCAUCUGUUGCUUCCUCAUCUGUUGAAUCAUCUUCUGUUGCUACAUCAUCCGUUGAAUCAUCUUCCGUUGGUUCCUCAUCUGUUGAACCAUCUUCCGUUGCCUCCUCAUCUGUUGAAUCAUCAUCUGUUGCUUCCUCAUCUGUUGAACCAUCAUCUGUUGUUUCCUCAACCGUUGUUUCCUCAUCUGGAGGUAUUCCGUCAGUAACGCUGUCGACAUAUUCUACUUCAUCGUUUGUAUUACCAUCAGGUUGUACCUUCUUACAUAAGCGUGACGAGACUAUGGCUUACGGGUGUCCAUCCUCUUCUAGUGAAAAUACUGUGUCAACGAGUACCACAACAAUCCCAACACCUGCUACAUCUUCAUUCGUCUUGCCAUCUGGUUGUACGUUCAUACAAAGUGACGACGGUGCAAUGACAUAUGGAUGUACAUCCUCAUCCACUUCCAGUAGUUUGACUUCACCACAUGUCACCACUGUGACUACUGAGGGUACUGGUAGUGUGACCAAGACUAUUACCAUCACUCCUACUGGAACUGAUGGAACCACCACCAUUGAAAUCAUCACUCCAAAGCCUACUGGCACUCUGCCACAUGUCACCACUGUGACUACUGAAGGUACUGGUAGUGUGACCAAGACUAAUACCAUCACUCCUACUGGAACUGAUGGAACCACCACCAUUGAAAUCAUCACUCCAAAGCCAGGUAAGACUAACGAAGUUACGGUAACCAAACCAGAUACAACUAUCAUUACCGUAACUUCUUGUUCUGAAAACCUGUGUACAGCAGUACCAGUCACGACUGGUCAAACUGUUGUGACUAUCACAGUUGAUGAUACUGUUACCUCGUACACUACUUAUUGCCCACUUUCUUCCGAGGCGGCUACUUCUGUAGAUGGAACAGUGACAAAGCCAAGCACAACGGUUCUUACAGUUACAUCAUGUUCAAAUAAUAAGUGCUCGGAAGUUCCAAUCACUACUGGUCAAACGGUUGUUACUGUCACAGUGGAUAAUACUGUUACAUCCUACACAACCUUCUGUCCCCUUUCAGGUACAGCUACUUCCCCUCAAGCAACAGCUAUUACCACCACAGGACAGGAUUCCAACGGAACUGACUCUGCCAACCCAGAAAAACCUAUUGCUGAUGGCACAUCUGAUGGACCUACAAAUAAUGGAUCUUCUAAUCCAAAUGCUCCAGGUUCUGGUAACGAUUCACCUUCUGAUGGUGCAUCACAAAAUGGCUCCACUGGAAAUUCCCCUGAUUCCGACGGUGAACAACCAGUUCCAGCUGCUGGCAAUGAAUCUUCAUCUGAGGGUUUGCCACAGAAUGGCUCCACGGGAACAAAUUCCCCAGGUGCCGAAGGGGAUCAAUCUGCUCCAGCCGCUGGCGAUUCUUCAGAUUCAAAUACUCCUGAACCUAAUCCAAUGGCUACAGGUGCUGAACCUGAAAAUGUACCUGCCCAAGGAAUCCCAGAAACCAUUUGCUCUGAAGGUAAGUGCAGUGUUGUUGCUUCAACACCUACUCAACUAGUUGCCCCAACUACUGUUGCUCAAUCGGUACAAUCUAACGCCACUGACUCCUCUUCACCAGAGCAAGAACACGUAACAUCACAACGUGCGUCUACAGUUCCUACUACGGCUACUUCAGUAACCAAGGCUGGCACUUCCUCUACAUCAAGUGUUGUCACUUCUGCUCCAGCUAGUGUCACCACUGGUGGUUCAGGUAAGAUUGGAUUGUCGGGGUCUACCCUUUUUGCAGCUUUGUUGGCCUACAUGUUGGUAUAG